CGUCUUAAAAGCAAUUUUGUACACUGGGUAAGAUUUGUUAAAAAACUAUUUUCCUCUUUAGUGAUUUUGUUGGACAUGAUUUAGUUAAUGAAAACGUUUAAAUACUUGCUAACUGUCAGUUCUCUUUUUCAGGUAUUCCAAUCAUCGCACGAUUUCUGCAUAUAUCUUCCAGAACCUUUACUAGGCAAGUGAUCAUGGCGCUGGAAGAAGUAUCUAGUGCAAAAUGUUUUGGCGGAUUACAGAAGGUUUUCAAGCACAAAAGGUCGGCGGCUCUUUUUCUUUGAGGAUUCAUUUAUUGACUUUCAACUGUCUUGAUUUAGGCUCUGUUUAAUGGCAUCAGCUUUCCAUCAGCAACGAACUCGAGGAGAAGUAAACAGUUGCAUACUCCAAUCGUCCAGAAAUCGAAACCUCCUGGGCGUUAAAUGUUAUCAAAUGUCCUUCAGUGAUCCUUUACCCCAAUGUCUACCUUUAAAAUCUCCUUAAUGAGUGCCAUAGAUUUACUUGUUUUUUGACGCAGAGAUUUAGGUGCCUAAUUAAAUUAAUAACCCUUAGGUAAUUAAUUAAAUCUUCAAUUCUCUGCAUGAACCCAGUCCAGUGCGUUACAGGAGUUAGGAGAAGAUUCAUCUUGAUAAGCUCUGGGUGAGAAAGCAAGUCUGUAAGCAUUAAUGAAUGAGUUGCUAAUAAUUGGAUUCAUCCUUCAAACACAAGUAUCUGCUUACUGACAGCUCAUUCAUUUUCUCUUUAUCGAAAUAAUACUAUUGAGGGUUGUCAACUUCUGUGAUAGUGGCACAGGGUAAUCCCCCCUCCCCCCUCCUCCUUUGCCACCUUUUUGUGUUCUUUUCUUGUUAUUGUGUGAACAAAGGUUGUUGAUAUAUGAAUUCAAAUUUCCUUUUUUUUAGUUCGGAACUAAAGUGUGAAAUGAAAUUUGCUGUGUAUGUCCCUCCUCAGGCAGAGAAGGAUAAAGUCCCAGUGUUAUAUUGGCUAUCAGGUGAUCACAGUUUUUGUUGAUGAAUUAGUCUUUGUUUAUAGAGUAUGGGGGACAGUGACCUAGUCAUCAUAGUGAAGAUCUUUGGAAUGCAAGAUCUAGGUUAGAGCUGUGGCAGGCCACUGUGUUGUGUUCUUAGGCAAGACACUUUUUUCUCAAAGUGCCUCUCUUCACUUGAAAGUAUAAUCGGGUGUCAGUGAACUUUCACUGAAACCUAACAAGAUUCAGGAGGUAACCUGGAAAUGGUCUGGCACUUUGUCUAAGGAUGAGAAGUAAUACUUCUAGUUGCCUCAUAUUACUGAAAGUGGGUUGUACUCAAGUGGGAUGUGAGGCAACUUUGCUAUGGUUUGGAAUUCCAUUUUGGGGUGAGAACAUGCUUCUUUGUACCCUACAGUACUGAAACUGAGAUCAGCUCAGGGAGAAUAGGGAUAACCCUGCUAUGGUUUGGUAUUCUGUUCAAGGGUGAGCAGCUAUACUUCUUGUGUUCCCAUGUUACUGGAAAUUGGAUAAGCUUUGACAGGGUGCGUCAUCUGGCUAGUAAGCUACUCAAAAGCCUUACCAUCACCACUGUAUAAAAUGAGAAGUAGUUGUUUUUAUAACAGUUAACUAAACCCUAAUCAGGAAUUAUAGCUACUUCAUUGUGUGGUGUUUGAUCACAAAACACAUAAACACAGUUUUUUGUUAUAAGAUUGAACUCCCUCAAUUUGCAACAAUACCCAUAAUUUGAGAUAGAAGACUAGACUUAUUACUAGAUGAGAAACCAAUGUCGAAAAAAAAUGUUAGAACUCUUAAUUGCCUAGUAAUGUUAUUUUGCUUUCUUUAUGGCAUCGCAUUUGCUCUUACCUAAUUUAGGUCUAACAUGCACUGAGCAAAACUUCAUCACAAAGGCUGGUGCUCAACGCACUGCAUCAGAACUGGGUGUGUUGAUUGUGGCUCCUGACACAAGCCCACGUAAGUUUACUAUUUAUAAGUUUGACAAUGAGAUAGAAAGAUGUGAAUGAAAGUGAACCUCACAGUAAUGUGCACUACUUAGGCAGUAGUGAAAAUAAGGCCUGAAAAAAAUUCAGGCCUGUACAGGAUUUGAACCCAUGACCUCUGCGAUACCGGUGCAGCGCUCUACCAACUGAGCUAACAAGCUAACUGGGAGCUGGUCAUGAAGUUGGUUCUAAAUAAACCCGUGAAGUGAUGAAUAAAUGGUUAAGAAUAUAUGAAAGUCAUAUAUUUGAACUGCGGAUAAAGACGUGAAUGAAAGUGAACCUCACAGUAAUGUGCACUACUUAGGCAGUAGUGAAAAUAAGGCCUGAAAAAAAUAGAAAUUAAAUCAUGUAAAUAAUGUUUUGGCAACAGCAUAUUACCAACAAAUAUACAUGUCAAACCAUAAACAAUUAGUAGCGAAAUUUCCUUACCCAAUAAAAUUCAUGCAGGUACUUUUAGAACAUGCUCUCUGUCCAUGGCUAAAUUUGAGGCUAGCAACGAAUUAAUAGAUUGUAAUUUUUCAGAGAACCAAAUAAGAGGAAGAUAGAGAUAGAAAAAUGUUGAACAUUUCAGAGUCAUGAACAUAGGACAAAGAUGAAAAACCUAUGUCCUUGUGGGGUAUUGAACCAUGGGCAGGUUUGAUUUCAUUGUAAGAGACUAUAUCAAGCAAGCUUUAGCACACUAGUUUGUGAGUUAUGCCCCGUGAAAGCUUUUUGACAAGGUAGGGAUCAGCACUUGAGGAAGAUGGUUAAUUUGAAUGAGGAGAGAUAAGUUCUAUGGAGCAUUUGCCAUGGGAGUGAAAGGAAGAUACUAAUUUUGGUAACUGUUUUUUUUCCUAUGAGCAGAGUUGGCAGACAAGUAACAUGAAACUCUUGAUUUUCAUAGGAUCAUGUGGCAUUGAAGGCGAAGAUGAUAGUUAUGAUUUUGGAACUGGUGCUGGUUUUUAUAUUGAUGCAACUGAGGAAAAGUGGAAGACAAACUACAGAAUGUACUCAUAUAUCACAAAAGAGGUUAGUGCAGGAUCUGAGGGUACAGUGGGAGUUGUGAAGGCAGUGACAAUUCUCAUUGUCAAUCUCAUUCAAUUCCCAGGUAUAAGAUAUAACAUGGGAGUUAACAAUGUCAGACAUACACACUCUCUAUAUGAUAACUCAUUGCAGUGAGUCCAGGCUUCAAAAGUGAGAUAUGAACAUUGUAAGCUGGGCCACUUUGGGUUACGGACAUGAAGCCUUUGGCUAAAUAUUGUGGUAUAAUUCAUUUUAUCUGCAGCUUCCAGCUUUGAUUGAAAGUAACUUUCCUGUUCUGUCAGGCAAGCAGUCCAUUUUUGGCCACAGGUGAACUUAACUUGAUACAUAUUUUUCACAGAAUGGCAACCCAGUAACUGGAAUCAUCAUUUUUAUUGUAUAUUUCAGCAAAUUUUUUUAUUCUUGGGAAUGCCUAAGUGUCAUUUCAUAUUUCAAGGGGGGUGGGAAAGGGCAAAAUUAAUGCAUUUUAUGCUUAUGGAAAGUUUAAGGUGUUCAAAACAAAAAAUAAGUACAAUAUAUGGAUAGUCUUUAAAGAGAAUGAUUAUCAUCAUUUUUGCAAAAGAGUUCUUCUACGCAGCAUCUUUAUCAAAUAAAAGUAAUUUUCAGAGAAGUAGAUUGUUUUUUGAGAAUAUCCUUGGCUCAUGCCUUUACAAUUUCAUAUGUAUUUUUCAUGUUUUUUUGAUGGACUGGGUUAUUAACUGUUUAACUGAAAAGAAUAUUACUCCAUUCCAGACAAUGGUGUUUUUUUUUAGUUAGCAUUUUAAUACAAUUUUUAUUAUCUGGUGAAAACUUCUUUGUUUUGCUGUCUUUAUUUAGCAUGGGUGGUCAUGGAGCUUUAAUAUGCUUCCUCAAAAACCCAGGAUUUUAUAAGGUAAGCUUCAACAGUUUCCUGUCUUGAUAUUUCUUUACAUGAACCAUCAAAGUACUGGCCAGGGUUAUUUUUAAAGAAAUUUCAGGGAAAUGGGUAAAUCACAAAAUAUGAAAUACUUACAAGUUCUUGGGAAAUUGAAUUUGAAUGUAGUGGCUAGGGAUAAGAAAGGGAAUUAGUUGUGUAGCUGACCAAGGUCUACGGCUGCCAACUGCUUUUUCUUGACAAAAUGUUAACUUUACAUGUUAACAUUUUAAAACAAUAGAAUUAUUGUUCAAUCUCCUUUCUCUUCACAGUCUGUUUCAGCCUUUGCACCUAUCUGCAACCCAGUGCAAGGGGCUUGGGGACAGAAAGCCUUCACUGGAUAUUUAGGAGGCAACCAGGAGGCAUGGAAGGUAACCCUGGAUUCCACUAUCGUAUAGCUUACCCUUAAACUUUCAAGCUUCUCCCUGUUCCCUGUGCUACAUUUUGAUGAGAUUUUUUACAUAGAGAAUUUGAUGUCCUCUUUGUUAACACCUGCAGCUAGCUGAUCAGUUUUUUUAAAUCUCAUCACAUAUUUGCAAGAUGACAUAUGGAUAUUGUAAGGAGAAGUUAAACAUUGGCCAUUUAUGGGAAUUUGGGGAUUAAAAAAGUAUAGCAUAUAGCUUGUGACUCAAAAACUGCAGCAAUCCUGUUAAUGAUAAAUAAUUAUGUCUCUUUACAAAUGAAAGAUAUUGAAUUUGUUACUGGUUUGGUCAAGAGUUUAAACAUCAGUUGACAGAUGUAUUUCUUUUAAAAUGUUUAAUUCUUUAACUGCCUCUAUGAGAUCUGAUUGUAAAUUCUCCCCUCUAACUGCUACACAUUUCCUUGUAAAUAAGUUACAAGACUUUGGUGUUAGAUCAAGAUAACAACUUCUACCUGAUUAGUUUGAGUGUUCUCAUCUCUUGUUUGCUGGAAAAUGUUUAGAUAUUGCAGGGAGAAGUUACAUGUUUAUCACUUCUGUGAGUUAAAGGGUUGAAUGUGUUAUAUCCUCUUAUUUGUUAGGAGUACGAUGCCACUGAACUAGUGAAAGGUUAUGAUGGUCCUCCACCAGACAUACUCAUUGAUCAGGUAUCAAUUGAAAAUUAUCAUUAACUGAUUCUAAAAAAGUUUUUAUAUGAUGUAGAUAAUUAGGGUUAAUUACCUGUGGGGUUAUGUCUAAAAUGAAAAUAAAAAUACAUGUAAAAGUGAAAUUCUUCCUGCUGCAAUCUUUUGUUUUGUCUCUUGGUUAUUAUUAUUGUUUGUGUGGAGCAAAAGUUAAAACAAUUUGAUCCUCUUGAAUUUUAUGGUUGUGAAGGUUGUGGUGGCCUAAAGGGUCCAAAGCUUGACUCAGGUCAGAAUGUCUGGGUUUUAGCCCCUAAAGGGUCAUUGAAAUGGGCUCUUGGCCAAGAAGCUUAAAUCUCAUAGCUUUGCUCCAUUCAAGAGUGUAAAACGGUGGUGGCAAACUGUUUUGGAAAUCUGAGAAAUUACUAAUGGAUAACUUGCAGUGUGUCAGCAUUCUCACCACAAUUCUAGAAGCAAUAAGAGUCAGUUUUACAGGCCAGCUCUAAGGAAUGGUGUUUUACCAUCUUAACCUUCUGCAUCCUGACAUUUGCAUGCAUAUUCUCCAUACUGUUAUUUAUACACUUCUCAAGUUGCCAACAGGGAGAAUUUGUUCAAUAAUCAAGAGCUUCUAGGGUUGGUGAUCAUUUCCUCUGUUCCGCUGAUCUUCUUCGUGUGUCAUUCAGGGGUGAUGGUGCAAAGAGAAAUUAGAUGUUGGUCACUCUUAGGGGUAAAGGGUUAGUUAAAAAGUGUGCAUUAUGAUUCAGUUCUUGAAUGGUCCCCUUUUUUUCCUCUGUAGGGUGUAGCUGAUGAAUUUUACCCAUCUCAACUGCUUCCAGAGAACUUUGUUGAGGCUUGUAGGUCAAGGAAUGUACCGGUCACCUUGAGAUUGCAUGAGGUACAUUAACUUCAUCGACACAAUGUUUUGAUGCCCAUAAUUAGCUGGUUAGAUGGAGAAGACUGUAAAAAUCCGAUAUCUUACUUUGCGAACAGGUAUUACUACUUUUGAGUUUGUAAUGAAGACUGUUUUUUUUCUUUCCACAGGGCUACAAUCAUAGUUAUUACUUUAUUGCAUCUUUUGUCGAGGAUCAUAUCAGACAUCAUGCAAGAUAUCUCAACGCCUAAAGAGAUUGCGAAGGGAAUGUGUUUCACUCGUCUCAAUGGAAGUGAAACUAUGAUAUGUCAUCUUAGUUAGAUUGAAGUAAAAUACAAUUUUCGUAGAACUGUCAAGUGCACUUGUCUUGCGGUGUAACAAGGUCGAAGCCAAGGAGUUGGGUCACAGGGUUAGGGGGUCUAAGGAUGCACGGAACCUCUCAUCUUGUGAAGAAAAGUGAUAAUUUAAUUAUCGUAAUAAAAUAACCUGGCAUGUCGC